GACAAAAGGAACACCAACAAGAAGAAGAGGGUAUAGAGAAGAAACAGAGCAAGACGUGACUGAACACUUCUUGUUUUAGAUCGGACUUCGGUGGAGCCAAAAUGAAGACAGGUUCUUACAAGACCUCCCGCAUGUCUUUCUUCAGGAAAGCAUACUGUGCCAUGUGCUCCAUCAACACUAUGUUGCUCAUAAUCUCCAUAGCAUCUCCUUUCUGGCUGGUGCAUCAUUGUGUGCCAGGUGAUAUCCAUGUGGGAUUGUGGAUGGUUUGCUUUCAAAAGGAAUGUAUUAGAAAUCCUGUCCUCAUAGAGAGCGUGACAGUUACUCAAGGCCUUAUGAUCACUGCCCUUGGCUGCUCUGUCAUUGCCUUGUUGGCCUCCCAGGAUCUUUUCACUCGUGUUUUAAAGAGGGAAGUACCAGAGGUCCUGAUUUCUUCUCUGGCUAACUACAGUGCAGGACUCUGCACCAUAUGUUCUCUAAUGAUUAUGUUAUUUGAGCUUCAAGUUGUUGUAAAGACAGAGAAUUCCCACCUAGCACCAGACUGGGCUUUCUGGAUCAGCUGUGUCUCCUUCCUUUUGAGCUUAGUAUUAGGUACACGAAGUCUGCUUUUUCACCAGUAUUCGCUCACAGAAGAGAAAAUGCUGGCCUCCCAAGUAAACCCAUUGCAAGGACCACAGCCAUUAUUUUUGAACAACAUGAAUACCCCUGUAUAGAAUGUGGAGAAGAUCCACAGUUGCAGACAUACUCCACUGUGAACCAAACUCUAGGCCUGGAACCCCAUCGGGAAAUAGCUGUUCUAAGUGGCAAUGCUAUUAAACCAAUAGUCACUUGUUAUCGAUGGAUAAACAUUCAUGUGAUAACAUUUCCCAGCGGUGGCUGGUGAUGUCAUUCCGUAUUUUAGGCUGAACUUUAAAGAAAUUCCCCAAAGUGUUGAUCUCUAUCCCCAAAUUGGUCCGGCACCUUGGAUAACUCCAAUAAAAUGUGGAAUAAACCUGGAAUUGUGGAAUAAACCCUCCGAAAUGGAAGCCACCAGUGGCCUUUGUAACUUCUCACUUUUGAAAGCUCAUCUGGCUGAAAUGCCUUGUUGGAACUGUUGAAUUAUCUCAACCAUUCCCAAAAUCCUUCCUUUCCAGCAAUAUAUUUGUCCCCAAAUGGAAUAUCCAUCUUCAUUGCCUAUUAGACAAUGAUCACUCCCCUCUUAUUUCUGCACAUUGCUGAUGUAAAAAAAAAUACGCAAGUGUCAGUUGGAUAUUUCUUGGCCAAUUGUGAU